UUUACUCUUCUCUCAGAAAUGGAUAUAAAUACUGAUAUGUGUACAUCUCUUCUUAUUGAAAAGUGUUGCGAAAGAAGAUCGGAUAAAGUAAAAUUCGCAAUUGGAAUGGUUGUUAGUUUUGAAGAUAAUUAUGAAAGUAAAGCUGGUUACGUCGGUGUCAUAAUUGGAUGGCAUAACAAAUAUCAAACUGAAUGGUUUUCUUUUCCUCCGUAUCAAUUAGAGUUCGAAUGCGACAUUGGGAAUCACGUAGAACCGUAUUAUAUCAUUUUGAUAGAUAAUGACAUCAUGUGUUACGUACCACAAAGAUUUAUAACAUCGAUAUGCCAGUCUCGGUGGAUAUAUAAUACAGAAAUAGGGCGAUAUUUCUGUAAAAUGACGGAUACUCAUUAUAUACCAAACCAAAUGCUAGCAAAACAUUACCCAAAAGAUGCUGCGAGUUAA